AUGUUCUAUAUACAGUAUAAGCAUCGGGAACUACUAUCAAGGGUUAUUUGGCGUCUUGAAUCCAUCCACGGCAGGGCGGCCGCGCCAUCAUUGACAGACGGCACUCGACAGUACUUGGAACAGAGGUUCUUAAACUCAAUACAGCGCGAUCACGAGGGAAUUUCUGUUGAAUACUCCUGCCACCUUACUUGUCAUGGCUUAAAAAUACUCGUGGGCCUCCAGGAAAUAAGCAUCAAAGAGUUGACAGGAUCUACUGUAACGACAUAUUUGGGUGUUAGGGAGCUUGCCGGUAUCGAUGUCUCAUUCAUGACAGACCGUCCGGACUUUCGAUCAAGAAGACCAGAGUAUUGGUCUUGGUAUCCAUGGGAAUACGUUGAAGAGAUUUUAGAGGAAUUUCAAACCCUGGACCUAAAUGGAGAUUGGGAUGAUACUUGGAGUCGUGCAAUUCCCUUCUGGGACCCAAGUGAGAAUGAGAAUCCAUAUGGUAAAAAUUAUCGCGGUCUGUCAAAGUUCUGGUUCCUACACCGGACUCUCUAUCGUCUUUGA